AUGAUUAUUAGAAAUUUGACUAGGAUAAAGAAUAAUGUGAUUGGGAAUGGAAAUCGACAGUUUUUAAGAUUUGCUGGCCAUUCCAAAUGGCAAAAUAUUCGUCAUGAUAAAGCUAAAAAUGAUCUCAAAAAAUCAAAAGAAGCAACUUUAUUAGCUACAAAAAUUGAAAGUUGUGUUCGUGGUGGUGGUAAAGAAGUUAAAUUUAAUGCAACAUUAGAACAAUUGUUAGAAAAAGCAAAAAGAUUAAAUAUAACAAAACAAGUUAUUGAUAAAGCUAUAAAACGAGGUGCCGGUGAAAUUGAAAGUGAUACAAAACAAGUUGAAACUCAAUAUGAAUUUAUUGGCCCCGAUGGAGUUGCAUUGAUAUUAACUGCGUUAACUGAUAAUAAAGCAAGAACAGUAGCAAAAGUCAAAACCGCAUUAACUCAAUUUCAAGCAAAUUUAAGUCCUUGCUCAUAUAUGUUUGAAAAAAAAGGUGAAAUUAUACUUUACGCAAAACAAGAUGAAAAAUUCGAUGAUGUAUUUGAUGUUGUACUUGAAUUAGGUGCUGAAGAUGUUGAAGAAAUUGAAUUUAAUGAUCAACAUCAACAAGAUAAAUUACACAAGCUUUAUAGAAUAAUUUGUGAACCAAAUGAGAUACACAGUUUAUCAAAUGAAUUGACUGCCAAAGGUUAUAAAUUAUUUGAUUCAUCAGUUAGAUAUAUUUCAAAUCCAGAUUCUCAAGUUGAUUUCCCUGAAGAGAAUUCAAAGGGUUAUUUUAAAGCAAUUAAUGAAAUUGAUUCAAUUGUAGAAAUAACUGAUAUUUUCACAAAUAUAAAAGAUGAGCAAAUUUCAAGAAUUGAAGAUUCUUUUAACUCAGCAUAG